AUGGGGCGCAAGGUCAUCAUCACCUGUGCAGUGACGGGCUCGGCGGACACCGUGGCCAAGAACCCGGCGGUGCCGGUGACGCCGACCGAGAUCGCGCAGUCCGCGCUCGAUGCGGCGAAGGCGGGUGCUGCGAUCGUGCACGUUCACGUCCGCGAUCCCGAAUCCGGGAAGGCCAGCAUGGAGCUCGACCAUUACCGCGAGACCGCCGGCCGCAUCCGCCAGAGCGAAACGGACGUCGUGCUGAACCUCACCACCGGAUACGGCGCCCGCCUCAGCCCCGGGGUCGACGAUCCCUUCGACUACGGCCCGGGCACCACCUUCACGUCCCGGCACGGCGAAUCUGCCCAUGUCGGCGAGCUGCGGCCCGAGAUUUGCAGCCUCGACGUGGCGACCAUGAACUCGGGCGGCGUCCGCGACGACAGCGUCAUGAUCAACUCGCCGCCCCAGCUCCGCUACAUGGCCGAUGCCAUGCGGGAGUGGGGCGUCGUGCCGGAGCUCGAAGUCUUCGACGUGGGCCAUAGCCUGCUGCCGGCCGGCGCCCACUGGGCUGCCUUCGGCAUCUCGCGCGACCAGCUUCCCGUCGCGGGCCUCUCGGUGCUGAGCGGCGGUCAUGUCCGCACGGGGCUGGAGGACAAUCUCUAUGUGGAGCGCGGCACCCUCGCGCCCUCCAACGCGGCGCUGGUGGAGCAGGCGGUGAGCCUGAUCCGGAUGCUGGGGGCGGAACCCGCGACGCCUGCGGAGGCUCGCGAAAUUCUUUGUACGCGCAACUGA